GUUCGUGCAGCGAAACCGUGGUUGUUAUAGCGACAUGUCCCGGAAUAUUGUCGGCCCGGCGGCGUGAUCGCCGCGUUCACGGAAGCUACCAUCAGUGUGCCAUCGAGAGCUCACCAGCUUUGCCCGCCACCCCGCCAUCAAACGUACCCACCACCACCGUCGACCCCGUCGUCUCCCCCGCAUAUCCCGAAACCCUUCUCGCCGCCCCGAUCCUCGCCAUGGCUGCCGCCGACAACGGCAAACGGAUAGCGGAGGCGCAGAAGCUCGCAAAGACGGAGCCGGCCAAGGCAGAGGAGGUGUACAAGGACGUGCUGUCGACAAAUCCGGGAUCCAAUGAAGCCGCGAUAAAGAACUACGAGGGCGCGUUGGUCGGCCUGGGCGAGCUAUACCGUGACCAGCGGCGGGUGGAUGCCCUCGCGGAGCUUGUCAAGCAGACGCGGUCGGUGCUAUCCUCAUUCGCAAAGGCAAAGACGGCAAAGCUAGUGCGCCAGCUGCUCGAACUCUUCACAUCCAUCCCCAACACGACCGACGUCCAGAUCAGCGUCACCAAGUCAUGCAUAGAGUGGGCUGUGUCCGAGCGGAGAGGCUUCCUCCGCCAGAAUUUGGAGACUCGCCUCGUAUCCUUGUACAUGCAGAAACGCGCCUACUACGAUGCACUCACGCUUAUCAACGGCCUGCUCAAGGAGCUCAAGCGAUUGGACGACAAGCUGGUGCUGGUCGAGGUACAGCUGCUCGAGUCACGCGUCUACCAUGCUCUAGGCAACAUACCGAAGGGCCGAGCCGCACUCACUUCUGCCCGCACCUCGGCGGCGUCAGUGUACACCCCACCCUUGCUGCAAGCGGGGCUCGACAUGCAGAGCGGUAUGCUCCAUGCCGAGGACGGCGACUUCAACACCUCCUUCUCAUACUUUAUUGAAGCUAUGGAGGGCUACCACUCGCAAGAUGAGGCGCAGAAGGCAACGUCAGCGCUGCAGUACAUGCUGCUCUGCAAGAUCAUGCUCAACGCUGGGGAUGAUGUGACCUCAUUGAUGACCUCAAAACACGCCAUCAAAUAUGCCGGUAAGAGCCUAGACGCAAUGAAGGCCGUCGCACGUGCGCACACCAACCGCAGCUUGGAGGAGUACGAGACGGCAUUAACCGACUACCGCCAGGAGCUAGGCAGCGAUACAUUCGUCACGGGCCAUCUCCGGCGCCUGUACGACAACAUGCUCGAGCAGAACCUUAUCAAGGUGAUUGAGCCGUUCAGCAGGGUAGAGAUCGACCAUGUCGCCAAGAUGGUGGGUCUCGAUACGGUUCAAGUGGAGCGGAAGCUUUCGCAAAUGAUCCUGGAUAAAGUCAUCAUUGGAGUUCUUGACCAAGGGGCUGGGUGUUUAAUCGUCUUUGAUGAGUCCGAAAGGGACCAGUCCUACGACGCAGCCUUGGGGACAAUCGAGAAAUUGAGCAAUGUGGUCGACGUGCUGUACACGAACCAGGCGUCACUGCUGGAGUAAGACCAGGUCGGCAAGCGGUCAUUGUAGAGGAUUGGCAUGCAGAUAGAGUCGUGCAGACAUUAACCUACUUCUGGGUCCACUCAGGCUGGAUCACUCCGGGAUGCUUGAAGGCUGUCGAUUAUGUACUGUACUAGCAAGCGGUCCGGCGUAUGGAGAUGAGCCUGCCGGUGUCCGCAAUAGAACAUAAUGACACACUGUGGGCCUGUCA